CUUCCAUUGAUUCUACAGUAACCUUUUCUGCUGAAAAACACUAUACUUGGAACUUCUCUGGAUAUUUAAUAAUAGGUACCUAGGUAGUCAUCAAUCAGACCAUCACAAUGUCAGAAACCGAGAAAAAACCGACCGGCGCACCCGAAGUCGAGGCAGCACCUUUAGCUGCCCAGCUGCCUACAGACCCGACCCCCGUCGUCGCCGACGCUCCAACCAUAGCCGUGUCGACCGAGACGGCCCAGGAGAAAGCCAGCAAGGACGAAACGCCUGGCCCGAUUGCGGCUAUUGCUGAGCCAGCUGCCACCGAAGCAGCCGCCGCUCCCAAUGAAUCUGCAUCUACUACUGCAGCACCCGUGCCAAAGGAGCCCGCCGCGAUCAGCGAAGAGACGAAAGCCCCGGCCGCCGAGGCAGCCACAACAUCCACUCCCGCAGCCGCCACCUCUGCCGCGACCGAAACCACAAAGGAGAAAGACCUCGCCGACGCCCCGGCCGCUGGCGAGAAGACCGGGGUGGCUAAGCUCUGGGAGGUCUGCCAGUCGCACGAGCACAAGGAGAUCUGGGGUGUGACCCUAAAAGACCCGAGCACCGACGUGCCGACGGAGAUUGUCUUGACCAAGUACCUCAACGCCAACGAUGGAGAUGUCCCCAAGGCUGUGGAUCAGCUCACAAAGACGCUCGACUGGCGCAAAAAGAUGAAGCCGCUCGAGCUUCUCAAGAAGUCCUUCCCCAGAGCCAAGUUUGGCGGUCUGGGCUACGUCACGACCCACAGCGAGGCCGCAGACUCCAAGGACCCUGCGCUGAAGGAGGUGUUUACAUGGAACAUCUAUGGCAACGUCAAGUCGAUGGAGGAGACCUUUGGAGAUCUUCAACAAUUCGUUGAGUGGCGAGUCGCCCUCAUGGAGCUCGCCCUACAGGAGCUCAAUAUCGCCGGCGCGGCGGCCCCGUACACCAUCACGGCCGACAGCGACCCGUACAAGAUCUACCAGGUGCACGACUACAAGUCCAUCAGCUUCCUGCGGCAGCCGCCGAGCGUCAAGGCGGCGUCCAAGGAGACCAUCUCGGUCUUUUCGACCGUCUACCCGGAGCUGCUAAAGGAAAAGUUCUUUGUCAACGUGCCCGUCGUCAUGGGCUUCAUGUACGGCCUCAUGAAGCUCUUUGUCGCGCCCAAGACGCUCAAGAAGUUCCACCCCAUGAGCGACGGCGGGGCGCUGGCCCGCGAGUUUGGCGCUUCCAAAAUCAAGUCCCUGGGCGACGCGCUGCCCAAGGAAUAUGGUGGCAAGGGCGAGGAGCUCAAGGCUGCUGGGAAGGAAACGAUGCUCGAGUGAAAAGCCAGUUUCCGGGAAGACUGGUUCAGUCGGAUGCUUGUCUGAAAAGGUGGUUGAUGACCCAAGUGUUUACCAAGGUUCUCGGUGCCGAUUUGAAUCAUGUUGUUGUUUUUCCUGUUCCAUUCCAGAGAUAUCCCGAUUUUUUUGUUUCGAAUUCCAAUACUAAAGGGCAGCCUACUGCUGCUCAUAUAAUACCAUUUUCAUUCUGGUG